GUUGAUUUUGGAUGGGGCUCCUCUUAUAGCUAUACAUAAAGCCAGAUAUUUUAAGAAAAAAGAUGGCUUGGCUCUGGGACCUGGACCUUUUGUAACUGGACUGGAAUAUGCGACGGACACCAAAGCGACAGUGGUGGGGAAGCCAGAGAAAACCUUCUUCCUAGAAGCUCUGCGAGGGACUGACUGUGCCCCGGAGGAGGCCGUCAUGAUUGGUGAUGACUGCAGGGAUGAUGUUGGUGGCGCCCAGAACGCGGGCAUGCGUGGGAUUCUCGUCAGGACUGGUAAGUACUCGAUGGAGCAGUCAUUUCCUGCUUU